UCGAACAAGUCAACUUUCAGUCUCAACGCUAUUGGAGAUGUGUAAAGGCCAAGCAGGCGAGCUGGCAGUUGGGAGAGAAAUACUUAAAUCUGGGUCCAUUGGUAUUGGUGGUGUUGAUUAUGUCUUAAAUUGUAUUCUCGGAACCCAAACCGAAUCUAGCAACUGGCAAGCACUACUGGGGCGACUUUGUCUAAUAGACAGACUUCUGUUGGAAUUUCCUGGUGAAUUUUAUCCCCACAUUGUCUGUGGAGAUGUUUUACAGGCUGAUACCAUAGUAGACAGGUAUAAGAAACUUCUCUCCCUCUUAACUUUCGCAUUGCAGUCAAUUGACAAUUCCCACUCAAUGGUUGGUAAACUAUCACGGAGAGUAUUUUUGAGUGCUGCAAGAAUGGUGGCAAGAGUGCCCCAUGUUUUUGUAAAGCUGUUAGAAAUGUUGAGUGUGACAAGCUCAACUCAUUAUGCAAGGAUGCGUCGACGUCUGAUGGCAAUAGCAGAUGAAAUGGAAAUUGCAGAAGCCAUCCAGCUAGGCAUGGAAGAAAUGCACUCUGGGGAAUGUCGACAUGAAGACUUUUUGCAGCUACCUGUACCAGAUAACUCUCCAGAAGCUACAGAAAGUAAUACUCCUAACAAUACUGUCCAGUUAUCAGGGAAAAGUGGAAAAGGUUUAAGUGAUAAAAAACUGAGUGCCAGUCCAGAGGACAUUUCUGAGACGCUGGCUGGCCUUGCUGUGGGGGUUCCUGUUUCGUCAGUAACCACUGAGCAACCAAAGCCAGCCAUUCAAACAAAAGGAAGACCCCACAGUCAGUGUUUGAACUCUUCUCCCUCAUGCAGUCAUUCCCAGUCACUCUUCCCAACGCUUCAGUCUCCUUCAAACCCAUCUGUACCAGCUGGCACUGUAACAGAUGUCUCUAAACUCAGACCUCAGGGAUUCGUUCCCUGCAAAAUCCCCUCACCUUCUCCUCAAACACAGCGGAAACUUUCUCUCCAGUUUCAGAGAAACUGUUCUGAAAAUAAAGAACCAGAGAAACUUUCUCCAGUUUUUACCCAAGCCAGGCCAUUGCCAUCCAGUCACAUACACAGGCCAAAGCCAUCACGACCCACCCACAGUGAUGUGAACAAGCAGGAAGAAACCUUAAAAAACUGUAUGACACUUGACCUGAAUGAUAUUUCACAGUGUGAUGGCAAUAGUAGUAGUAGUAGCAGUGCAGUUAUACCAAGUGAAGAGACAGUGUUCACACCAGUAGAUGAAAAAUGUCGAUUGGAUGUUAAUGCAGAGCUCAAUUCCAGUAUUGAGGACCUACUCGAGGCCUCCAUGCCAACGAGUGAUGGCACAGUUACAUUCAAGUCUGAAGUUGCAGUUCUUUCUCCUGAGAGGGCAGAAAAUGAUGAUACUUACAAAGAUGAUGUAAAUCAUAAUAAAAAAUGCAAGGAAAAGAUGGAAGCUGAAGAGGAGGAAGCUUUAGCUAUUGCUAUGGCAAUGUCAGCAUCUCAAGAUGCCCUGCCAGUAAUUCCCCAACUACAGGUCGAAAAUGGUGAAGAUAUCAUAAUCAUUCAGCAGCAGACACCAGAAACCCUGCCUGGACAUACCAAAGCAAAACACCAUUACAGAGAAGAUGCAGAAUGGCUUAAAGGUCAGCAAAUUGGUCUUGGAGCUUUCUCUUCCUGUUACCAAGCUCAAGAUGUAGGAACAGGGACAUUAAUGGCUGUAAAACAGGUGACAUAUGUCAGGAACACAUCAUCUGAGCAAGAAGAGGUAGUUGAAGCACUGAGAGAAGAAAUAAGGAUGAUGAGUCAUCUGAACCAUCCUAACAUUAUUCGGAUGUUGGGUGCCACAUGUGAGAAGAGCAACUAUAACCUCUUUAUUGAAUGGAUGGCAGGGGGUUCAGUUGCUCAUUUGUUAAGUAAAUAUGGAGCCUUCAAAGAAUCGGUUAUUAUUAAUUACACAGAACAACUGUUACGUGGUCUUUCUUACCUCCAUGAGAAUCAGAUAAUCCAUAGAGAUGUUAAAGGUGCCAAUUUGCUAAUUGACAGCACAGGUCAUAGAUUAAGAAUUGCUGAUUUUGGAGCUGCAGCCAGGUUGGCAUCAAAAGGAACUGGUGCUGGGGAGUUUCAGGGACAGUUGUUGGGAACUAUUGCAUUUAUGGCACCGGAGGUUCUGAGAGGUCAGCAAUAUGGUAGGAGCUGUGAUGUGUGGAGCGUUGGCUGUGUUGUAAUAGAAAUGGCUUGUGCUAAACCUCCCUGGAAUGCAGAGAAACACUCCAAUCAUCUUGCUCUGAUAUUUAAGAUUGCUAGUGCAACUACUGCUCCAUCAAUCCCUACACAUCUGUCUCCUGGCUUGAAAGAUGUGACUCUUCGUUGUUUAGAACUUCAACCUCAGGACAGACCCCCAUCAAGGGAGCUGCUGAAGCAUCCAGUGUUCCGUACUACAUGGUAGCUACUUAUGUAUAAGGCUGAUAUACUGAAGAAGAUGCUACUGAAUAUAAAAUAACUGUUUUGCAGUGCAGUUAAGCACAGCGAAUUGUAUUAUUCUGCUGGCCUUAAUGAUAGAUACGUCAAGGACGUGAGGCCAGUGGAGGACCUUACCUAAGUAUGUGAUUGACAAAUCGAGAUCUUUACCUAAGCUCAGUAUGCAACAUUUCACAACUUGUGCAGAGAUUUGUAAACUGUGCCUUUUCAAACAUCUGGCUCUAUGUGAACACAAAAGCAUUUUUCCUUAAAUCUGCAUGAUUAUUUAGCAGACAAGUGAUUUAUAUUUUACUUGGAGCACUUUUUCAGCAAUAUUAGCAGCUGAGGGGCUCAGGAUCUAUUUUAAUACAGCAAUCACUGUUCCAUUUCACAUCAUGUAGAUGUAAGCAGAGGGUUCUACAAUUAG